CGUUACCGUUCGGCGCCUAGAUGUGCUAGAGAUUCCUGGUAACCUUACGAUGAGCACUGACGGACUGGGAGCUAGCGGCGUUACUAAUUUCGACGACAUCAUUCACUACAGUAACGUGUGGGAAGACCACGCUCUUCUCGAAACUGCAUUAGACGUCAACGCGGACGACGACGUUUUGUCUGUUGCGAGCGCCGGAGACAACAUUUUCAAUCUACUGCUCAUGGAACCUCGUUCUCUCACAGCCAUCGACAUGAGUAGAGCUCAGAUUGCAGUGUUAGAACUCAAAAUGGCGGCUAUACGACACCUGCCGUCGCAUGGCGACUUCUUGACGAUUCUCGGAUUGCAGGGAAAACCGGAAGAACGAGUUGCCGUAUACAACAAUUUAGAGCCCUUUCUCCCGUUGUCGUGUUCUAAUUAUUUCAAUUACCAUCCGUCUGUUGUUGUGGAGGGAAUCGUCUCAUCGGGUCUCCUAGAGAAGUUGGUUGCAGGGUAUACUCGGGAUGUCGUUUCUACAGCGGUCAGCAGCUCGGAGCUCGAUGCUCUGUUUGACGAGGAAAACGUGGAGGAGCAAGCCCGGCUAUUCCGGUCGUUUCCUCUCGACAAGAUGAAGCAAGAUUUCCUCGAAUUCUUCUCGUACGACCGAUUCGUUGGGAGUAAUCGCAGUGAGAAGGAGUUGGAAAACGUGGAAGAUCUCGAUUUCAGUGAAAACUUGUGGUUCCGUCUGAUACACGUCAUCACCACGAUUCCGGCGCGUAAAAAUUUCUACCUCUCUUGGUUGCUGCGCGGACCGGACGUCGCUCACCACACCGUUCCGCCCUACCUCCACGAAAAAAAUUUCAAUCGCCUCCGAUCAUUGUUGGAUAGAGUGACCGUUGUGACCGACACUCUCGAAAACCAUCUGAAACAGAGCAAUGAUCCGUCGUCCUACAACAAGAUCAAUUUGUCUGAUGUGUUUGAAUAUAGGAGUGAGGAGGAUUGUCACGCUCUGUUUCAUCUUGUUGUGGCCAGAUGUCGACCUGGAGGACGGUUGGUCUACUGGGAUCUCUUCACGCCUCAUAGAGCGCCUGAAACGCUCCUAGAGAGCCAACUGCUCAAGCCCGUUCCUGGGAUGGAAGAUCGACUUCACAAGAAAGACAGAAUGUUCUUCUACAUCUCUUUUCACGUGCAUGCAGUAAAAUCCGGUGUGUUUAAUGAAGUAGACAUUUGCUGAAUGUAUGUGGUGUUUCUAUAGUCAGCAUGCAGCCCAUUUAAUCAAUUUAUUG